UCUGUCGGGGCGGGCGGUUGGUGGGUGAAGCGAGACAAUACGACGUUUAGCGCGUCGCAAACGUGUGGAGUCUACAGAACUUGGGCACUUAUUUCUGGAUUUGGUUUUGAACAUUGUUUUCAUAGCCGAGCAAAUAUGUCAACUAUGGGCUGCGAAGCGCAAGCUGUGGAACCCCCGGCGGCGGCGUUCGGGCCUGCAAAUGCGAAUGCGUUGGAACAAUUAGAAAGCAUUCUUGCCUCACCUCAAUACAUGGAAAUGAUGGAGAGCUGCAAGAACUUUAACAAAAGGCUUCUGGUGGAAAGGAAAGGGCGCGUACCAUUUAUUGAUGCACAUACUGGCCUGGCCCAGAGCGACUGCCGACUCUGGAUGCAGCAGCGGCACCGAAUGCCCGGCGUGAAGCCAGGCCAGGUGUACACGUACCCGGCCAAGCGCUGGAUCAAGCGCCGCCGCCAGUAUCUCAACUUUUUCAUGCAGCCCAAGAAGUUCGGCCUGGAGGAGUGCGAGCUGGCCAUCGCAGCUGUUCAGAACCCCACCUUCAACGAGGACAGCAGCGCCAGCCUCAACGAUGGCUCCAAGGAUGGGUGGUAUUUCGAGGACGCCGAGAUUGACCGGGAUGACUUCGAGGAGAACUCGGACGCGUCCGACUAUGACUUUGACGAUCGUUAUCGUAAGAAGAAGAAGUCUGCAUCAUCUCAAAAGCGCUCUUCAGGCCGGAGCAGUAGCAGCCGGCGACGUGCCGCCGACCCGGACGAGGAGGCCAAGAAGCCGUGGGCGUGCGAGCUGUGCGCGGCUCGCUAUAAGACGCGGCCGGGGCUCACCUACCACUAUGCGCAUUCGCACAAGGAGGAACGACGCCAAGAGCAGCGCGCCGAGCCCGGCUACGAGCCGCCGCCGUCAGCGCCUGACCAGGACGCUGCCGCCGACGGGGCCUGUGGUGCCGAGCUCUUGUGUGCCGUGUGGGCGUGGGCCCGAUGUGGUCCCUGUGUGGUCCCGGCGCGGUCCCGGUGUGAACCGGACGCGCGCGCGGUGCGGUGCGGCGGUGUUGCUGUACCAGCUGGCUGUCUCUUGCAGAAGCCAGAGCUGGCGCCCGCCGCCACCGCUGUGGGAGGACAACCCCCGCCGGAAAAGAAGCGCUCGACUCCGUCGCUGUACUGUGACUUCUGUUUGGGCGACGCCACGCUCAACAAGAAAAGCGGCGCGCCCGAGGAGCUCGUCUCGUGCUCCGACUGCGGACGGUCAGGCCACCCGUCCUGCCUGCAGUUCACCGACAACAUGGUGAUCUCGGUGAAGAAGUACCGCUGGCAGUGCAUCGAGUGCAAGUGUUGCUCCCUCUGCGGUACCUCCGACAACGACGACCAGCUGCUGUUCUGCGACGACUGCGACCGCGGCUACCACAUGUACUGCCUGUCGCCGCCGCUGACGGCGCCGCCAGAGGGCUCCUGGAGCUGCCACCUCUGCAUGCUCGAGUUCCACUCGGGCGGACAGCCGGCCGCGCCGCCCGCCCAGUGAGCGGGCGCUGGAGCCGGCGUACAGAACCGGGCGCUGAAGCCGGCGUCCAGGGUCGGGCGCUGGAGCCGGCGUCCAGGCCAGGCGCUGGAGCUGGUGUCCAGGGCCUGUCGCUGGGCUGCGCCUUGAGCCGUUGAGGGAUAUCCAGGAAUGGGUGUAUGGCAUCUACACACUAAGGGAUGGCUCUGGGGGCUUACCUCAGCUCGAGCUGCUGAAGCCGGGCUCGUGGGGCUCGCCCCAGAUGUGGAGCAUGCCCGCCCUUUGGAACUGGCGCUGCUGGGGCGGCCUCUGCGGCUGCCAGCGCCGCCUCGGCCUCCCUGGGGCUGCUGGCGUGGCGCUCUGCCGCCGAGCGGGUGGGUCUCGGCGGUGUGCAGUCCGUGGCCGCGUUAUCUCGGAGGACCGAGUGUGGGCCAACCAGCACCCAAUGGUGGCAGGUGGAAGACUGCCAGCUGCAGUCGGGCGGUGAAGCCACGAAACUGCCAAGGAUGGAGAAUGUGGAUCCUGCUUCUUCUAUGGUGCUGCACCCUGGUGGACACUGAUCUCCUGCUGAUGUGCUGAGAUGCGCUAGGAGACGGCCUGAGGUGCGCACCCAUAAGGUGCAAGCACACAACGCGGUGCUGUGAGCUGCGCGUUGGGCUGAAGGUCGACUGGAUCAACUUCGCGUUUCAUCCAUGAUUUUGGCAGGCUGUCCGUUUGUGGGGUGUGGAUGUGUGGUUGCUGCUGUUGUUUACCAGUCAGAUAGUCCUGUUUUUUCAACACUCCAUGUUCAUGUAAUGUGCAUGUUUCUCAGUAGUGGUAGUUUGCAAAUGACUCUUUGUUAGAUUGUGUGGGCCGUGCAUCGGUACAGGCCGCAGAAUAUUCUCUGAAAUAUUGGCGUUAUUGCGUCAAAGUAUACUGAGAAUACAUUUGGUGGUAGAUUUAAA